AUGGCUUCUUCAUUCCUAGUCGUCGGCGCCACAGGCAACACUGGCCGCAGUGUUGUUGAGACCCUCUCGAACCUCAUCAAAUCUAGCAAGACGUUCUCCGAUUAUCGCAUCCUCGCCAUCACACGAUCUGCAAACAGCUCUUCAGCAAAAGCUCUCGCCAAAUUCCCCCAUGUCGAAAUUAUCGAAUACACCUGGGUCGAGAUCACCGCGGAGUGGCUACGCGAACACAAUGUUGCCCGCGCAUUCAUAGCUUCACACAACGAGCCCAACCAAUUCGCCGAAGAAUCGACAUUCCACCUUGCAGCCCGUGACGCUGGCGUCAAGUACGUUGUGCGCAUAUCCACAACAGCCGCGAAUGUGAAGCCAGACUGCCCUGCCUACUACCCACGUACGCACUGGGCCAUUGAAGCCAUGCUGGACUCACCCGCCUAUGAAAGUAUGCACUGGACAUCACUGCAGCCAAAUGUGUUCACGACUUUCUGGCUUAUGCCCGCUGCUGAGCUGAUCAAGGCCGUUCGCAACGGCGGAAAACAACACACAUUGCGCACGAUGGCGAGCGCUGAUGGGCCAGUCGGCGUUAUUGAUCCCCAUGACGUUGGUGUAUUUGCUGCGCAUCUCCUACUCCAGGAAGACACUUCUGCGCAUAACAAGCGCAGGUAUGUCCUCAAUGGCCCGGAGGAUAUCACGGGUGAUGAAGUUGUAGCGAUGGUCGAGAAGCACAUCGGCGCCAAGGUUGAGGACGUCAAGUUCAAGGAUCUGUCUUUCGUAGACGACAUGGUCGCUGCGUCGAACCAGGCAAAGAACGUGAUAGGUUCUAUCAAGCGUGCUCCGCAAUCGGCGUGGAAUGGCGAGGCGAAGGCGGAAACGACAAGCAAGGAGGUUCUGGAGAUCGCAGCGCCGAAGAGAACGCCUGCUGAUGUUAUGGCGAUGCUGUUGCAGUAA